AUGGACCUUCCAUGGGCUGUUGGCUUCGCUUUUGUUUUUGGUGCCUUUUUUCUUUAUGUGACGUUGCUGUUUCUGUAUGUCGCCAGCAAUGGAAGGCUGUUGAAAGUUAUUCCCGAAUUCUCAGAUGCCUGGUGUUUUGGUUGGUCGGCAGUGAUACUGGUUUACUUCCUUGAUAACCCGGGUGACGUCAGUUCGUUGUAUAUCAAGGUGUAUGCCAUGUUGCCAUUGCUAUUCUCCUGCCUUAUAGGUCUAAUCUAUGAUGUCUAUAGAAUCUUCCGUAUGGCUAGAAAACGACAAAAGAUGUUGGCUCAAAGAAAGAAACAGCAAGACGAAGCGAAUGAAGUGGUGGAAAUGGAAAUACUGGCACCAAGUUAUUGGGUUAAUUUUCAGAAUGAUUUUAAGAAAUGGGCAGGCCAAGAAGGUAAGGUCAUGAUAGUCGAUGUUAGCAGCGGUGAAAUACAGGACGAGAUCAGUCGUAUGAUGACAAAGUCGUGGUCUAAAGUAAAAAUGCUUAUCCAUGCAAGAGGUAACGCUGAUUUUAAGAUAACAAAGGUAGAGCGGGUCGAAAAUCCGCGACUAUGGAGCCAAUACUUUUGCAAAUUACAAGACAUAUCCAGGAAAUGUUAUCAGCAUCCUUUUGAGAAAGCGCCAUGGAUGAACGCCUAUACGUACAAACUUUCCAGAAUCUUAAAUGAGGGCCUAAGAAAUGAGCUGAAUGAAUACUAUUUUUUUCACGGGACAAACGCAAAUGUUGCUGAAGCAAUAUGUGCCACUGGAUUUGAUUUUAGGAUCUCAAAGGAAGGACCCCUUGGAAGGGGCAUUUACCUUGCAGAAAAUUUCUCGAAGGCAGAGCUAGACAUGAUAAAAGAAGCAAAGCGAAAAAAAACGAACCGCGGGAUGAAAGAGUUGAAAAUGUUCCUUGUUCGUGCCUGCAUGGGUCGACCAUAUCUCACACGUGAAAAGAAACAAUUUCCACGUCCUCCUUGUACUGUUAAAGGCUGCAUGCAAGUCAAAUGUACCCACACCAGUCAUUUUGACUCCGUGAUAGCAGACGUUUCCACUGAGUUGUACAGGGAGUUUAUUAUUUACGAGAAAACAAUGUGCUAUCCUGAAUAUAUCAUCACUUACGACAGAAUAGUGAAUCCAGUUUAAACGACUUAAUUAAAUUUGUGGUGAAAAGUCGCUUUUAUUUCUAUGCCUGAGGUACCUCUCUUUGCAGCAGAAUGAGAAUGCAUAAGAUGCAUAAGUUGACGUAUUGCUUAUGUGAAAACUGGCUUAGUUUUGGAUGAUUAGAAAAAUUGGCGUAACCAAAAGAACGCAGACGAUUAAAAUACU